AUGUUUCCGGAUCUCUCCUUAGAUGACAAAGGGGAGAAAAUGGGGCCGUUGACCUGCACUAGCCUGUGGCUGCUCGGCUUCUUCCUGACAGCCACUGAAGCUGAUCCUUGCCCAAGAGCAUGGCUGCAAUACCAGGGCAACUGCUAUGGAUUUUUUCACAAGAAGCUGACCUGGCAUGAAGCAGAGAUUGAAUGUCAGAGUUAUGGCCGCGGGACCCACCUCACGUCCAUCCUCACUUGGCCAGAAACUCUUAUCGUGUCCAAGCAUAUCUCCACCUACAAGAAAGAAGAGGGGGUGGAUGUCUGGAUUGGACUCCAUGACACUCACCAAAAUGGCCGCUGGAGGUGGUCUGAUGAAUCUACGUAUAACUACAAGAACUGGAUGCAUGGAGAGCCCAACAACCUUUGGAAUUCUGAAUACUGUGUGGCUUUAAGGGCCUCGACAGAAUAUAAGGGAUGGAUUGAUGCUGUUUGCAAGAAAUUGAAAGCCUACAUCUGCAAACAUGUCAAGCAGAAGAUGAGAUUUCUCACCUCCUUGAGCCUUUGCCUUUUGGGUAUCUUGAUCUCUGAUCUUUUCCUAGAAGCUGAGGCUGACACCUGCGCCAGGGAAUGGCUUCAAAACCAGGGCAACUGCUAUGCAUAUUUUGAUACUAAGGUGACAUGGCAUGAGGCUGAGAUUGAGUGCCAGAGCUAUGGACGUGGAGCCCAUCUUGCCUCUGUCCUCACCAGGGCAGAGACUCUUCUGGUGGCUGAAUUCAUCUUCACUUACCAGAAAACAAGAAGUGAUGUUUGGAUUGGGCUUCAUGAUAGCCGUCUGACCAGAAAAUGGAGGUGGGCUGAUGAAUCACCCUACAAUUACAAGUCCUGGAUGCCAGGAGAGCCAAACAACUUGGGCAACAUGGAAUACUGUGUAGAGCUGAGACAAUCCACAGCUUUUAAACAAUGGAAUGAUGUUCCAUGUAAGAAACGAAAUGCCUACAUUUGCAAGCACUUCCUCUAG